UCUUAAAGGAGCGGUGUGUCCCACUGUAACCUUGUUUAAAAUGCCUCCCGCUGAAAUGGUUAUAUAAUACUGUGUAUCUUGUCUUAAAGGAGCGGUGUGUCCUCUGAAUGAGUUGUGUGAUGUGGCCCAUGAGUUUGGAGCCAUCACGUUUGUAGACGAGGUCCAUGCGGUGGGGCUGUACGGCGCCAGGGGAGGAGGUAUCGGGGACAGAGACGGCAUCAUGCACAAGAUGGACAUCAUCUCUGGAACACUGGGCAAGGCGUUUGGCUGUGUUGGAGGCUACAUCGCCAGUACCGAUGCCCUGGUGGACACAGUGCGUAGCUACGCUGCAGGCUUCAUAUUCACCACGUCUCUACCUCCCAUGCUGCUGGCUGGCGCCCGCGAGUCCAUCCAGACCCUUAAAGGGGAGGAGGGCCGCUCCCUCCGGAGGAAACACCAGCGUAACGUGAAGCUGCUGAGGCAGAUGCUCAUGGACUCCGGACUGCCCGUCGUCCACUGUCCCUCUCACAUCAUCCCUGUCAGAGUGUCCGACGCGGAGAAGAACACGGAGGUCUCUGACAUCAUGAUGAGUCGUUACAACGUCUACGUCCAGGCCAUCAACUAUCCCACGGUCGCCAGAGGGGAGGAGCUUCUACGCAUCGCCCCCACGCCACACCACACCCCUCAGAUGAUGACCUACUUUGUCGAGAAGCUGGUUCAGACGUGGAAGGAGUCGGGUCUACCUCUGAAGUCCCAAUCAUCAGCGGAGUGUAACUUCUGCCGGCAGCCCCUUCACUUUGAGCUGAUGACGGAGAGAGAACAGUCUUACUUCAGAGGCCUGAGUCACUCCAUCUCAGCUCACGCAUGAUGGACACACUACAGAAUACACUCAACCCAUUCCUCCGUCACUCAUUGGCACUUUAUUUUUAUUACCUUGCUAGUGCGCAACUUUUUUCACCAGGGGCCAUAAGGCUCUCGUCAAAAGUAGCACACUAGCAAGGGAAUAGGGUACCGUUUGGGACGUCAUAGAAUUUAUAUCUAUAUUUGUAUUUUAUAAGUGUCAUAACUUAUUAUUGAGUAUUCCAUGGGCACUAGAUUGUCGAAAUAAAUAACUUGAAUGUU